AUGGCGAUGUUAGUAAUGAUCGUAAAAAAGACGAUUUGAAUAAUUGUGUUUAUAGUUUAAAGUGGAAAUGGCGACUUUACUGAGAAUUAAGAGAAAAUCGAGUACAGAACCGACAGAAGCUGUGGUAAUCGCUAGCAAAAGACCUAGAAAUGAAACUGAAGUCGAAACAGUAUUUAAAUUCAUCGGUACAGUAAAAGAGAAUGAGGAGCAGAAUGGAGAUCAUAUUGAAGCUUUUAUUAAAAAGCAUAAUACUCUCAAAGAAAAGUGGGGAAAGAGUCCCAAGAUUCGUAACAGUGACUUUCGAGCAGCAAAUCGAAAUUACAGUGAUAAGCGUUUAAAAUUACUAAAUUCUUAUAGAAAAAUACCUGAUGAUAUUGAUAAAGAUGUAGAAUCCAAAAAAAUUGUAAAUCCAACAUGUAGUAAAUCUAUUCAAGAACCAUCAAAUGAUCUUACAAAUUUAUAUCAAUGUUAUGAUGUUUAUGACGAAGAAGAAGAUAGUUCAACAACUGAAAGGGUUGAAGAUCGCAUAACUUGUAAUGGUUUGCCACUAUUGAAGUCAGAAGAAAUUGAAUAUGUAUAUGAUUUGUAUUAUUCACCUGAUGCUGAUUUUGAUUCACAAGCAAUUGAAAAUGUAGUAAGGUAAGAGAUUUAUUUUCAGUUUUACA